AUGAUUCAACGUGAAGUCAUGGAUCAUUGGAAGUCUACCACCGGUCUUCGCUAUCGAGUAGAAAUGUCCUUCCUGUCGAGUAGAAAUGCUACAGUCGUUUCAGAUUACGUGAAACCUGAUGCAGGUACGAAAACGACUGCUCCCUACUGGCAUGGUGGUUCGUGGUUUGCGGGUUACGUCUGCAGUCCGAUUCCAGCAAGCGAUGGUCCCGCCUCGAUCGUGACCGCCAGUUCAACCGCGCCACAACGGACGCAAUUCCACGGGAGCUUCAGGUUGUCUUCGCCUGGCUAUAGUCCCUUGUCUUCACUUUAUCGACUUGUUGUUGAAAUAACAUUGCAUGGAGAAUCGCAGGAUAGUUCUGUUUCGACUGCCGCGUUAAGACGCUGGUUUUUGGACUCUGACUGCUACAUAGUGCAUCUCUACGGUACCGAAGCGCGGGCUUUGAUUUGA